CAGCCAGAGAGCCCGCACAUAAAGAAAGGCAUCAUUCAUUGUACGGUCUAAAUUCCGCCGCCAGAAACAAAAAUGAGGGAAAUUGUACAUCUUCAAGCCGGCCAGUGCGGAAACCAGAUUGGCGCAAAGUUUUGGGAGGUGAUCAGUGACGAGCACGGCAUUGACCCAACUGGUACCUACCAUGGUGACAGUGACCUGCAGCUGGACAGGAUCAACGUCUACUACAAUGAAGCAUCAGGUGGUAAAUAUGUGCCCCGUGCUGUGCUGGUUGAUCUGGAGCCGGGAACCAUGGACUCUGUGAGGUCCGGACCUUUCGGCCAGGUCUUCAGACCAGACAACUUUGUCUUUGGCCAGAGUGGUGCUGGCAACAACUGGGCCAAAGGUCACUACACAGAAGGUGCAGAGCUGGUGGACUCUGUCCUGGAUGUGGUGAGGAAGGAGGCAGAGAGCUGUGACUGCCUUCAGGGCUUCCAGCUCACACACUCCUUGGGUGGUGGUACAGGCUCUGGUAUGGGCACCCUGCUCAUCAGCAAGAUCCGUGAAGAGUACCCCGACCGCAUCAUGAACACCUUCAGUGUGGUGCCUUCCCCAAAAGUAUCAGACACAGUUGUUGAGCCCUACAACGCAACAUUAUCAGUCCACCAGCUUGUAGAAAACACAGACGAGACCUACUGUAUCGACAAUGAGGCUCUGUAUGACAUCUGUUUCCGUACCCUCAAACUAACAACCCCCUCAUAUGGAGACCUCAACCACUUGGUCUCUGCCACCAUGAGCGGUGUCACCACCUGCCUUCGGUUCCCUGGACAGCUCAACGCUGACCUGCGAAAGCUUGCUGUGAACAUGGUGCCAUUCCCCCGCCUGCAUUUCUUCAUGCCAGGCUUUGCCCCCCUCACCAGCCGAGGCAGCCAGCAGUACAGAUCUCUCACUGUGCCAGAGCUCACCCAGCAGAUGUUUGACGCCAAGAACAUGAUGGCUGCUUGCGACCCACGUCACGGCCGCUACCUGACAGUGGCUGCCAUCUUCCGUGGCCGCAUGUCGAUGAAGGAGGUCGAUGAGCAGAUGCUGAAUGUGCAGAACAAGAACAGCAGCUACUUUGUUGAAUGGAUCCCCAACAACGUCAAGACCGCUGUCUGCGACAUUCCUCCCCGUGGCCUCAAGAUGGCUGCCACAUUCAUCGGCAACAGCACGGCCAUCCAGGAGCUGUUCAAGCGCAUCUCUGAGCAGUUCACCGCCAUGUUCAGGCGCAAGGCUUUCCUCCACUGGUACACCGGUGAGGGCAUGGAUGAGAUGGAAUUCACAGAGGCAGAGAGCAACAUGAACGACCUGGUGUCUGAGUACCAGCAGUACCAAGACGCCACUGCUGAGGAGGAGGGAGAGUUUGACGAGGAGGGUGAAGAGGAGCUAGCCUAAAAGAAUCUUUUCCCAAGCUCUGCUGUCAGAUCAUUGCAGUGAAAUGUUCAGAGUUCUUUCCAGUUUUCAGUGUUCUGUCUGCUGUCGCUGUUAAUAAAAGUCCUUCUGCAUAUUUGA